AUUGAUUCAUGUCCGUAUUUUUAUGUGAUUGUGGAAGGAGUUCUACUGACGACAUAGCCUGUGAUCUUCAUACGAAAAUGUGUUACAGUCAAAGAUGAAGAAUCAGAGUGUGGUAAAGGAAUUUAUCCUGUUGGGAUUUCCAGAUGUGCCCUCUAUAAAGAUGACAAUUUUUGUCUUGUUUCUGGUGUUUUAUGUGUCCACACUGAUUGGAAAUAUGAUCAUCAUUAUUACGACUGCCAUCAAUUCUCAACUUUACACUCCCAUGUAUUUUUUCCUCAGCAACCUCUCUUUCCUGGAGAUUUUCUAUAUAUCGGUCACCAUUCCAAAAAUGCUUGUUAAUGUCCUACUGAAAAGCAAUUCUAUUUCUUUCACGGCCUGUGCUGCCCAAAUGUUUCUUUUCAUAGCGCUGGGCAGCAUAGAGUGCACUUUGCUUGCAGUCAUGGCAUAUGAUCGUUAUGUUGCUAUCUGCAAUCCACUUCAAUAUAUUGUUGUGAUGGAUAUCACUUCCUGCUUAUCAUUAGUUUGUAGCUCAUGGGUCAGUGGAUUUCUCAAUUCAAUGGUCCACACUGUUCUUACUUUUCACCUGCAUUUCUGUUCAUCAAAUAAAAUUAAUCAGUUUUUUUGUGACAUCCCACCCUUGUUUAAAGUGUCCUGCAGUAGCACAUACAAUAAUAAAAUUGUUCUAUUUAUAGUUGGAGGAAUUUAUGGAUUCGGAUCAUUGCUAACUACAUUAAUUUCUUACGUACAUAUCAUUUCAACAAUACAAAAAAUUAAAUCCAGAGAAGGGCAGAGGAAAGCAUUUUCCACUUGUGCAUCUCAUCUAAUUGUUGUAACUUUGUUCUAUGGAACAUCUUUCUCUGCAUAUUUAAAACCAACUACCAAUGAAGAGUCACAGGAAGACAAGCUUAUCCCCGUUUUUUAUGCUGUAAUAACACCAACUUUAAACCCUAUCAUAUAUACACUGAGGAACAAAGAAUUCAACAAUGUACUAAGGAAGAUUAUCGUCAGCAAAAAAUCUCUUCCUACAAAAAAUAAGAAACAAUAUCCUGAAGAACAAAAAGUUCGAUGGCAUUCAGGUCUUCACAGAUAUUUCGCUAGCAACAAGGCAGCAAAGGAAGAAAAUCAUGGACAUAACUAUGAACUUAAGAAAAAUGGCAAUACCUUAUAA